CCGUGUGCCGGGCCGGCCUGGUGCUAAGCGGCUGUCAGCCAUCGCCGGGGCUGCCGGCGUCUCCUCCCGCCCAGCACCGCCUCCGCGCAGGGGCUCCGGGUACCGCCGGACCUCGGACGCCGCCGCCGCCUUGAGUUCUUUUUGGAGGUGGAUAUCUGCUCAGACAAUAAGAAUUUUAAGAGCUCUGAGAGAUCAUUUUGAAGGAAUAAUGGAUGAACCUUCUUCCUUGGCCAAACCUGUGGAGCUCAACCAGCACUCCCGAUUCAUAAUUGGUUCUGUGUCUGAAGAUAACUCAGAGGAUGAGAUUAGCAACCUGGUGAAGCUGGACCUACUGGAGGAGAAGGAGGGCUCUCUGUCACCAGCCUCUGUCUGCUCAGAUACGCUCUCUGACUUGGGGAUCUCUAGCCUACAGGAUGGCUUGGCCUUACACAUGAGGUCGAGCAUGUCUGGUUUGCACCUAGUAAAGCAAGGUCGAGACCGAAAGAAAAUAGACUCACAGCGAGAUUUCACUGUAGCUUCUCCAGCAGAAUUUGUUACUCGUUUUGGUGGGAAUAAAGUGAUUGAGAAGGUUCUCAUUGCCAACAAUGGCAUUGCAGCAGUGAAAUGCAUGCGGUCUAUCCGCCGGUGGUCUUAUGAGAUGUUUCGAAAUGAACGUGCAAUUCGAUUUGUUGUCAUGGUCACACCUGAAGACCUGAAAGCCAAUGCAGAAUACAUUAAGAUGGCAGAUCAUUAUGUGCCAGUGCCAGGAGGACCAAACAACAACAACUAUGCAAAUGUGGAAUUAAUUCUUGACAUUGCUAAAAGGAUCCCAGUACAAGCAGUUUGGGCUGGCUGGGGUCAUGCUUCUGAGAAUCCUAAGCUCCCAGAACUUCUUUUGAAAAAUGGCAUCGCCUUCAUGGGUCCUCCAAGCCAGGCCAUGUGGGCUUUGGGGGAUAAGAUUGCAUCUUCCAUAGUGGCUCAAACUGCAGGUAUCCCAACUCUUCCAUGGAGUGGCAGUGGUCUUUGUGUGGACUGGCAUGAAAAUGAUUUUUCAAAACGUAUCUUAAAUGUUCCUCAGGAACUAUAUGAAAAAGGUUGUGUGAAGGAUGUGGAUGACGGGCUGAAGGCAGCGGAGGAAGUUGGAUAUCCAGUAAUGAUCAAGGCCUCGGAAGGAGGAGGAGGGAAGGGGAUCAGAAAAGUCAACAAUGAAGAUGACUUCCCUAACCUCUUCAGACAGGUUCAAGCUGAAGUCCCUGGAUCUCCUAUCUUUGUGAUGAGACUAGCCAAACAAUCUCGUCAUCUGGAGGUGCAGAUCUUAGCAGAUCAGUAUGGCAACGCUAUCUCUCUGUUUGGUCGUGACUGCUCUGUACAGCGCAGGCAUCAGAAGAUUAUUGAAGAGGCACCUACUGCUAUUGCUACUCCAGCAGUAUUUGAGCAUAUGGAACAGUGUGCGGUGAAACUUGCCAAAAUGGUUGGUUAUGUGAGUGCUGGGACUGUGGAAUACCUCUACAGCCAGGAUGGCAGCUUCUACUUUCUGGAACUGAACCCUCGGCUACAGGUGGAGCACCCUUGUACAGAGAUGGUGGCCGAUGUCAACCUCCCUGCGGCACAGCUCCAGAUUGCCAUGGGGAUCCCUUUGUAUAGAAUCAAGGAUAUCCGUAUGAUGUAUGGGGUAUCUCCCUGGGGUGAUGCUCCCAUUGAUUUUGAAAAUUCUGCUCAUGUUCCUUGCCCAAGGGGCCACGUUAUUGCUGCUCGGAUCACUAGUGAAAAUCCAGAUGAGGGUUUUAAGCCCAGCUCAGGAACAGUUCAGGAACUGAAUUUCCGCAGCAAUAAGAACGUUUGGGGCUAUUUCAGUGUUGCUGCUGCAGGGGGACUUCAUGAAUUUGCUGAUUCUCAGUUCGGUCACUGCUUUUCUUGGGGAGAAAACCGAGAGGAAGCAAUUUCAAACAUGGUGGUGGCUUUGAAGGAACUAUCUAUCCGGGGCGACUUUCGAACUACAGUCGAAUACCUGAUCAAAUUGUUGGAGACUGAAAGCUUUCAGAUGAAUAGAAUUGACACUGGCUGGCUGGACAGACUGAUAGCAGAAAAAGUACAGGCAGAGCGACCUGACACCAUGUUGGGAGUCGUGUGUGGGGCUCUCCACGUGGCAGAUGUGAGCCUGCGGAAUAGCAUCUCCAACUUCCUUCACUCCUUAGAGAGGGGUCAAGUCCUUUCUGCUCAUACACUUCUGAAUACAGUAGAUGUUGAACUUAUCUAUGAGGGAGUCAAGUAUGUACUGAAGGUGACGCGACAGUCCCCGAACUCCUACGUGGUGAUCAUGAAUGGCUCAUGUGUGGAAGUAGAUGUGCAUCGGCUGAGUGAUGGAGGACUGCUCUUGUCCUAUGAUGGCAGCAGUUAUACCACAUACAUGAAGGAGGAGGUGGAUAGGUAUCGCAUCACGAUUGGCAACAAAACCUGUGUGUUUGAGAAGGAAAAUGACCCUUCGGUGAUGCGCUCACCUUCUGCUGGGAAGUUAAUCCAGUACAUUGUGGAGGAUGGAGGCCAUGUGUUCGCUGGCCAGUGCUAUGCUGAGAUCGAGGUCAUGAAGAUGGUAAUGACCUUAACAGCUGCAGAGUCUGGCUGUAUCCAUUAUGUCAAGCGGCCUGGAGCAGCUCUUGACCCGGGCUGUGUAAUAGCCAAAAUGCAGCUGGACAACCCCAGCAAGGUCCAGCAGGCUGAGCUUCACACAGGCAGUCUGCCGCGGAUCCAGAGCACAGCACUCAGAGGCGAGAAGCUGCAUCGAGUAUUCCACUAUGUCCUGGAUAAUCUGGUCAACGUGAUGAAUGGAUACUGCCUUCCAGAUCCUUUCUUUAGCAGCAGGGUAAAAGACUGGGUUGAACGGUUGAUGAAGACCCUCAGAGAUCCCUCCUUGCCUCUCCUAGAACUGCAAGAUAUCAUGACCAGUGUCUCUGGUCGUAUCCCCCCCAAUGUGGAGAAGUCUAUCAAGAAGGAAAUGGCUCAGUAUGCUAGCAACAUCACAUCAGUCCUCUGUCAGUUUCCCAGCCAGCAGAUUGCCAACAUCCUAGAUAGCCACGCAGCUACAUUGAACCGGAAAUCUGAACGGGAAGUCUUCUUCAUGAACACUCAGAGCAUUGUCCAGCUGGUGCAGAGGUACCGCAGUGGUAUCCGAGGCCACAUGAAGGCUGUGGUGAUGGACCUGCUGCGGCAGUACCUGCGAGUAGAGACGCAAUUCCAGAACGGUCACUAUGACAAAUGCGUGUUCGCCCUUCGGGAGGAGAACAAGAGUGACAUGAACACUGUACUGAACUACAUCUUCUCUCACGCUCAAGUCACCAAGAAGAAUCUUCUGGUCACAAUGCUUAUUGAUCAGUUGUGUGGCCGGGACCCCACUCUCACUGACGAGCUGCUGAAUAUCCUCACGGAGCUAACUCAACUCAGUAAGACCACCAAUGCUAAGGUGGCGCUCCGAGCACGCCAGGUUCUUAUUGCCUCCCAUUUGCCAUCAUAUGAGCUUCGCCAUAACCAAGUAGAGUCUAUCUUCCUAUCAGCUAUUGACAUGUACGGACAUCAGUUUUGCAUUGAGAACCUGCAGAAACUCAUCUUGUCCGAAACGUCAAUUUUCGAUGUCCUGCCAAACUUCUUCUAUCACAGCAACCAGGUCGUGAGGAUGGCAGCUCUGGAGGUGUACGUUCGAAGGGCUUAUAUUGCCUAUGAACUUAACAGUGUACAACACCGCCAGCUUAAGGACAACACCUGCGUGGUGGAAUUCCAGUUCAUGCUGCCCACAUCUCAUCCAAACAGAGGGAACAUCCCCACGCUAAACAGAAUGUCCUUCUCCUCCAACCUCAACCACUAUGGCAUGACUCAUGUAGCUAGUGUCAGCGACGUGCUGCUGGACAACUCAUUCACUCCACCGUGUCAGCGGAUGGGCGGAAUGGUCUCUUUUCGGACUUUUGAAGAUUUUGUCAGGAUCUUUGAUGAAGUGAUGGGCUGCUUCUGUGAUUCCCCACCCCAAAGCCCCACAUUCCCUGAGGCAGGUCACACAUCUCUAUAUGAUGAAGACAAGAUCCCCAGGGAUGAACCAAUUCACAUUCUGAAUGUGGCUAUCAAAACUGACUGUGAUAUCGAGGAUGACAGGCUAGCAGCUAUGUUCCGAGAGUUUACCCAGCAAAAUAAAGCUACCCUGGUUGAGCAUGGGAUCCGGCGCCUUACUUUCCUGGUUGCACAAAAGGAUUUCAGAAAACAGGUCAACUAUGAGGUGGAUCAGAGAUUUCAUAGAGAAUUCCCUAAGUUUUUCACAUUCCGAGCAAGGGAUAAGUUUGAGGAAGAUCGAAUCUACCGUCACCUGGAGCCUGCCCUAGCUUUCCAGUUAGAGCUGAACCGGAUGAGAAAUUUUGACCUUACUGCCAUCCCAUGUGCUAAUCACAAGAUGCACCUGUACCUUGGAGCAGCCAAGGUGGAAGUGGGCACAGAAGUGACAGACUACAGGUUCUUUGUCCGUGCAAUCAUCAGACAUUCUGAUCUGGUCACCAAGGAAGCUUCCUUUGAAUAUCUACAAAAUGAAGGGGAGCGGCUGCUCCUAGAAGCCAUGGAUGAGUUGGAGGUCGCUUUUAAUAAUACAAAUGUCCGGACUGACUGCAACCACAUCUUCCUCAACUUUGUGCCUACAGUCAUCAUGGACCCUUCAAAGAUUGAGGAGUCUGUGCGGAGCAUGGUAAUGCGCUAUGGAAGUCGGCUGUGGAAGUUACGUGUCCUCCAGGCAGAACUGAAAAUCAACAUUCGCCUGACACCAACUGGAAAAGCAAUUCCCAUCCGCCUCUUCCUGACAAACGAGUCUGGCUAUUACUUGGACAUCAGCCUGUACAAGGAAGUGACUGACUCCAGGACCGCACAGAUCAUGUUUCAGGCAUACGGAGACAAACAGGGACCAUUACAUGGAAUGUUAAUCAACACUCCAUAUGUGACCAAAGACCUGCUUCAAUCAAAGAGGUUCCAGGCACAGUCCUUAGGGACAACAUACAUAUAUGAUAUCCCAGAGAUGUUUCGGCAGUCCCUGAUCAAACUCUGGGAGUCUAUGUCCACUCAAGCAUUCCUUCCAUCACCCCCUCUGCCUUCAGACAUGCUGACGUACACUGAGCUUGUGUUGGAUGAUCAAGGUCAACUGGUCCACAUGAACAGGCUUCCAGGAGGAAAUGAGAUUGGCAUGGUAGCUUGGAAAAUGACCCUUAAAAGUCCAGAAUAUCCAGAAGGCCGAGAUAUCAUUGUUAUUGGCAAUGAUAUCACAUACCGAAUUGGGUCCUUUGGCCCCCAGGAAGAUUUGCUGUUUCUCAGAGCUUCUGAGCUUGCCAGGGCAGAGGGCAUCCCACGCAUCUAUGUAGCAGCCAACAGUGGAGCAAGAAUUGGACUGGCAGAGGAAAUUCGUCACAUGUUUCACGUAGCCUGGGUAGAUCCUGAGGAUCCUUACAAGGGAUACAAAUAUUUAUAUCUGACCCCUCAAGAUUAUAAGAGAGUCAGUGCUCUCAACUCUGUCCAUUGUGAACACGUGGAGGAUGAAGGAGAAUCCAGGUAGGUAUUAUGUAUCAGAAUAAUUUGGCUGUGGAUUAAAGAAAGGAGAAUAUGAUCAUUUUUUUCUCACUGUCCUGCUGAUCAUGACCUUGAAGAGCAGUGAAGAUUGCUUGUUGAGUAAUCUCGAAGCCUUAGGUUUGUAUCUCAGCUGUACCACUUACUAGCUGAAAGACCUUAUUAUUGAUUAAGGUUUUUAAACUAUAUUUAUAAUAAUUAUUCAUUUUGAAAAGUUGGAACAUAUAAACAAUU